AUGGGCUACCUGGCUCAGCCUGACUUUGGCGAUGCUCACGUGCAGUCGAUUCAGAAGAAGACGGCGGAAGCAAUCGAUGCAGACGGUUGGCUGCACUCGGGUGACAAGGGCAUGCUCACCAAGAGCGGCAUGCUGAAGAUCACCGGCCGUUUCAAGGAGUUGAUCAUAGGUGAUGGAGGUGAGAACAUUGCACCAGUUCCCAUCGAGGACCACAUCAAAGCGUCCUGCGAUGGCAUCAAUGAGGUCAUGAUGAUCGGAGAUAAGCGGAAGUUCAACGUCGCCCUGGUUACCUUGAAGGCAGUGGGCGCAAACGGCGAAGUUCCAGGCUCCGAUGACUUGGAUGCAGGUGCUAAGCGAGUGAAUCCAGAGGUCACCACAAUCUCAGCAGCUUUGGACGACAAGGUUUGGAUUGACGUUGUGACGAAGGCCAUCACGUCGGCGAACAACAAUG